GUAAAGUCGUACAAGUGUAAAGUGUGUGGCAAGUGUUUUAGCCAACCAGGAAACCUAAAGAUUCAUGAAAGAGUUCACCCUAGGGAAAAGCGUUAUGAAUGUAAACAGUGUGGAAAGUGUUUUAGCCAAUCAAGAGGCCUAAGCACUCAUGAAGUAAUUCACACCGGAGAAAAGCGUUAUGAAUGUAAACAGUGUGGAAAGUGUUUUGGGUUAGUAGGAAACCUUAGACAACAUGAAACAAUCCAUAGUGGACUAAAGCCUUAUGAAUGUAAAGAAUGUGGCAAAUGCUUUAGACUAGCAUGGAUGCUAAGGAGCCAUAAAAUUGUACAUACUGACAAGCCAAGGCCAGUAGGAGCCUAUAAAUGUAAACAGUGUGACAGGAGUUUUAACAGUUCAUAUGCGUUAAUAAAACAUGAAAGAGUCCACACUGGGGAAAAGCCGUUUGCAUGUAAGCUGUGUGGCAGGUGUUUUAGCGCCAAGGAAAAUCUUACCAGACAUGAGAGAAUCCACUCUGGAGAGAAGCCUUACGUUUGUAAGCUGUGUGGUAAGUGUUUUAGCUCUGGAGACACCUUAAAGGCUCAUAACAUAGUUCACACUGGGGAAAAGCGUCAUGAAUGCAAACAAUGUGGCAAGUGGUUUAGAAGUAACGGACACCUAAGGAGACAUGAAAUUAUCCACACUGGGAAAAAGCCUUAUCAGUGUAAAAUCUGCGGUAAGUGCUUCAUGACACCAUCAUAUUUAAGUAGACAUGACAAAGUUCACACUGGAGAAAAGCCUUAUGAAUGUAAACACUGUGGCAAGUGUUUUAGUGAAUUAGGCAACUUAACGAGACAUAAAGCAGUGCACACUGGACUAAAGCCCUUUAAAUGUAAACAGUGUGGGAAGUGUUUCGGUGCAAAAGGGGACCUCAGAACGCAUGAAAGAAUCCACACUGGGGAAAAGCCUUAUCAGUGUAAACAGUGUGGCAGAUGUUUUAACCAAGUAGGGAACCUGAGAGCACACGAAAGGGUUCACACUAAGGGAAAGCCUCCGUCAUCACUGCAAAGGAACAAAAAUCCAUUCAAACGCUCAGGAUACCAGAAAACUGCAGAAAAAGGAAAGCAGACGUUUAGAUCUCAUGAGUCCAAUGUUCAUCAUAAAACCCCCUUCAAAAAUUCGAUGGAAAGCAAAGGAGUUGCUAGCAGUAGUAAAGGCACGCCACAGUCAGCCACCACGGAGAAACACAGCUGUUGGAUUUGUCAAGAGGAGAUGAGUAGUGAGACUAUUCUUCUUCAACAUUAUGAAAACCAUAUGAAACGUGUAUAUGAAGAAGAUAUUUCUUAAAUGUAGCUUACAUUUUUGGUUUGCUAAGUUAGGUAAUUUUUUCAUAAAUAGGAUUUCAAAGCAAAGGCUCAUCAAUUCUGCAUUUUGUUGUUGACAUGAAGUUAACAGAAGGAAAAACAUUUAAAUAUGACAUUAACCGUAUUUUACCGUCGCCAUUUUCUUCUAAUUUCGAUUCUUGUCACUUGUAUAACAUCUAGUUCAUGUAAAUAUGAAGAAUUUUUGAGUUUGACUUCAGCUUUUUUUAUCUCUUAUUAUCUAGAAGUAAAAAAGUUUACAUGAAACACAUUUCCCGUAAACAUUAUUGCUUGAGAUGGCAAUGUUCACGUUGCGUGGCUAUCCCAGACAUAGCCUGCGAGCAAGCUCUCCUAUUUUAGCAAGCGAAGCGAGCCUCGCAAGAACGCGCGAGCGAGGGGCCGCUCGCUCGCGCGUUCUCGCGAGACUCGUUUCACUCGCCCAAAUAGGAGAGCUUGCUCGUAGGCUAUCCCAGACACGUUUCUUGAGUGGUUUUAUAACUUGCGCUAUUUUUUUGUCACUUGCUAUGUUAUAUAUUUUUAUGGCUUUGCAUAGCAACAAGUCCUGUAUAUCCCAUAUAGCUCAAUUAAAAGCAAAAACGCGAAAUUAAGAAUAGACGUUUUUUAGCAAUUAAGGUGGCUCCGUAAUUAAUACAAGAGCAUUUAGCUGUGACAAAUUUUCCGUCAUAACUUUUUGGUUUUUAACGCGAUGGCUGCGAAACUUUGCAAAGAACAACGGAUAUCAUUUGGCAAUAAUACGAAAUAUUCCGAUGUCAUUGAUGGUAAAUAUUUCUUGAGAAAUUAGCGCUUAAAAGGACCCUACUGUUCAAAGAAAAUCGCCUCUAGUAACAAAUUUGCUGAUAUUUUUUACUGACAUUUCUGGUAUCGGCUUUAAUUGAUAUAAUAAAUAUGCCAGAGGAAUUUCAGAAAAAUCGUUGGAGCAGAAGUCUGUAACUAAAAGUCGCUCAAAAUUCAGCUGUGAAAUUGUUUUGGAAUUUCAAAAAUAAAUUACUAUCAGGCAGAAGGAGCCACCAGUUUGAAUUUUCGGGACAAGUAAAUUCAACGUUUGCUAAUUCUUAAAACAAAAGCCGAUUGCCUAUCGUGCUAUUCUUUAAAAAGUACUUUUUAGCUUUAGAACCACUAUAAAUUGCUCCAAACCUUGCUCUGAAGUAGAAUGCCUUGUUCUUCGACAUUUUUAUAAUAUCCCUUGGCAGUUUUGGCUCAAACUCCUGCUGCAUACAUUUUGAUGUAUUGCAAUGCAUUUUCAACGACUUUUACUGCUGUUCGUUGCUUCCAACUCAGGAAAAAAGUAUUGAGAUUAGACGCUACCUCGUAUCAGAGCUCAGAAAGAACUGUCCAGCACCUUUGUUUAUGACUACAAAAUGAGCACGAGCGGCAGUUCUGCGAGGAAUUCGCACCUCACCCAGGGGGGACGAACGACAAUGAUGACCAUGCCGGUGAACCGAAUAACAACAACGCAAAAACGCAAAAAAACUGCCCGUGAAUAAAUUUACAACUCUGAAAUUUUUGUCACUUCUUCCUUUAAUGAAUGGGUAUUUUUUUUCUUGAUUAUUAUGUUUUGCUCUGCAAUACAUGUUUAUACAGAUCGGUUCACAGACAUGGACAUCAUUGCCAUUCGUUCCCCCGGGCUGAGGUGCGAAUUCCUCGCAGAGCUGCCGCUCGUGCUCAUUUUCUGGUCAUAAACAAAGGUGCUGGACAGUUCUAUCUGAGCUUCGAUACAAGGUAGCUUCCAAUCCCAAUACCUUUUUCCUGAAUUGGAAACAACGUACAGCAGGAAAAGCCGUUGAGGAUGCAUUGCAAUACAUCAAAAUGUAUGUAGCAGGAGUUUGAACCGAAACUGCCAAGGGAUAUUUUAAAAAUGUCGAGGAACAAGUCAUUCGACGUCAGAGCAAAGUUUGGAGCAAUUUAUAGUGCUUUUCAAACUGAAAAGUACCUUUUAAAGAAUAGCACGAUAGGCAAUCGGCUUCUGUUUUCAGAAUUAGGAAACACUGAAUUUACUUGUCCCGAAAAUUGAAAGUAAAGUAAUCUAUUUUUGAAAUUCCAAAACAAUUUCACAGCUCAAUUUUGAGCGACUUUUAGUUACGGACUUCUGCUCCAACGAUUUUUCUGAAAUUCCUCUGGCAUAUUUAUUAUAUCAAUUAAAGCUGAUACCAGAAAUUUCAGUAAAAAAUAUCAGCAAAAUUUUUUACUAGAGGCGAUUUUCUUUGAACAGUAGGGUCCUUUUAAGCGCUAAUUUCUCAAGAAAUAUUUACCAUCAAUGAAAUCGGAAUAUUUCGUAUUAUUGCCAAAUGAUAUCUGUUGUUUUGUGCAAAGUUUCGCAGCCAUCGCGUUAAAAUCGAAAAAGUUAUGACGGAAAAUUUGUCACAGCUAAAUGCUCUUGUAUUAAUUACGGAGCCACCUUAAAAGGGAAGCGCGGUUGAAGCAGGUUGAAGAGAACUUCAGGAGAACUUUGCGAUUUGAGUGAAGCUUUCGAAGAACUCGUUCCAGCGAGAUGGUGUGCUAGUAUUUACCCAGAAAACUUCGAGAAUCUAGAAGCGAUCACUUUAGUUCAAUUUUCAAGGGCACCCAACGACGGUUUCCUCCCAAAUGCAUUGAAAACACUUUUUAAGCAAUGCAGAGUACUAUGUAUUCUAAGUGCGCUAAAAAAAUUUAUGUCUGUUCGGUCGUCCUAGGGCAACUUGAGUCUUUUCGAAAUUACAAAGGCUUCAGUAUUAUUUUCCGGAAAAUUUUAACCGCAAUUUAUAGUUCUACAAAAGUAACAAUUUUUCUGACUACUCUCUGCAUCGUAUAUUCGAUUCCCAAAUUUUUUGGUUUCUUUUCUCUACAAAAAAUAGCUUAACCUGGGGAGUGAAAUGGGAAAAAUUAAACUUCAGAAAAUCGUAGGGAAUUUAUUCGAUAGACUUUUGUAGAUUGAACAUGAAUAGAAUGGUCAUGCAGAAAUUUUUAGCCUUCCUCAAGCCGGCUGUAGAAAAUUGUAGGCAAUUUUUGCUUCUCCGAACAGAUAUUUCACAGAAAACAGUCGUUGGGUCAGUGCCCCUGGAUUUUGUUCUCUUUUCACAGCAACUGAAAGUGAGGUUGCUGGAUACCUUCAGGGUUGUCUUUACGUGCAAGUGAUGUAGUGCGCUCUGGUUAAACUGUAAAUAAGAGCAUAGCCUGCGUAGCUGGCGGUAUUGUGUACUAGUCGAGUGAGAUUUGGCGGCGGAACCGCUGUACCAGUCGGUAUUUCAAGCGACUCAUCCCCACUCCUUUUUUUGGAUCGCGGCUCCGCCGCCAAAACUUUAAUCACACAAUACCGCGAGCUGCGCAGGCUAAUAAGGGCAUUAUCAUCUGAUAUACAAGCGAGCCAGAAAGGGGUGUAUUUAUUUUACACUCCUCCUUUUUUACAUCUCUAACAUGUUGGGAGAGAAACAAAAACAAGCGGUGAGCAAGCGUGCAAAUGAAUCAAACAAACUCAUUGAUUGGUUGAAUUUUUUAUUCAAACUGUGAUUGGACUAGAUCUUGACAGGCUGUCAUGUCAAAUGAACUCUCCCAUCGCCCACUAGAUCAAAACUCAAAAACCCAUUCGCAACGACAAUUUUUAGCGCAACACAGCGUUGCAACAUCAUUGUUUCGAAUAGUUACAACAUUGUUCCAAUAUUGCAGCGCCGUGUUGCGCUAAAAAUCGUCGUUGUGAAUCGUCUCUUGUAACAUCGCCGACUCGACCCAGUUAUUUUGUGAGGGUACCAUCCUACUUUGAAGCUCUCCGGUAUCCCCACCUUUGCGUUGAUCGUAAGUCUAACACAUGGCAUGGAUAACAUAUAGAUCAAUCUACAAUAUAGCAUAAAAUCUUUGGCGAUCGGAGUAAAUGUCACGUGGUUAUAGAGCCCACCUCUUUGAAGUCUGAGUCUAAAUUCUGCUGUUGCCGGCAUUUUUUUUGUGAAAAUCUCCCGGCUACAAAUAGUGCGCAUCUUGUGUGGGGAGGGACGAAAUAGGAGCUCCCCUAAAAACGCCUGCGUGGGAGGCUAUCAAAAACAGGGGACGAACUAAAUCGUUAGAUUGUGACAACUGACGUGUCAGCGCGGAACGUAAUCUCGUACCCAGAUCUCACUCUGUCUUAAGGAACCUUGGCUUGAAGAAGGUAACGGAUUGAAAUUACUUUUUUAAGAUAGCUUGGAGCUGAACCCUGAAGCCUUAAAUGUAAUAAGAAGAAUCCUAAAAUUUAUACGAGCCUUAACUGUUCACCAGUGAAGUUCUCAAAGUAAAGGAACCCUGGGAAAUAUGCAACGGAUUAAUUACUUUUUAAGGUGCUCGAUAAACUAACCUUAAAUGUUUGGAUUCAUUGAGCCUUUGUUCAAGUUUCUCAAAUUUGAUGAAAAUAACGGUGCACGGUAAAAACCAUUUGAUUAAACUUUAGUUUACAAAUUUAGUCGGAACACCAAUCUAUUAAUAGUCCAAUCUAGUAGUAAUGAACUCAUGGAUAAGCCUUUCAGUAGAUUCAUGGGACAAAUACUUCCUAAUAUGCCGGAUAUUGUACAGGCAAUAAAAAGCACCAUCCCGAAUUAUGCGUACCGUCAGCUUUAAAAAGUAAAAGUUUCUGAUGUUUUCUCUACAUUUGUCUCGGCAUUUUGACUUUUUCGAAGGCUUUGGUCACUAGAGGUUACACUACCAAGUUACACCACGUGACCAGGUUUCCUCUUACCUGUCGUUGACUGUUCGUUAUUUGAUUUUCUACAUAUUACAGGGGCACCGAACGAGAAUAUGGCUCAAAACCGCUUAAACAUAGCAUUUUUAAACGUAUUUUAGUAUUUAAACGGUAGACAUAGGCAUAUUUUUAUCCCCAGAAAAUUUUUCAUCUGUUCGGAUUUCCUAGCUAAAAGUCUGGUGAUGCAAAAAUUAUAGGAAUCGAAACUUACUUUUUCAAAAAUUUCAGCCUGAAAAAAGGCUCCUGAAAAUUCUAUGUGACCUUUUCUACCAUGUGUAAGAUGUUCGAAAAUCUUAGGAGAGGCAGGCAAGCAAGAAAUUUUACAAAAAAUGUUCUCAAAUCUCAAAUCGUCGUCCGAACAGAUAUUUUCCGAAAAUUGACGUUGGGUGCCCUAAGUAGUUAUCGGCAGGUAAUUUUUUUUAUCGAUAAGAAUUGUUUUGAGCUGUUUUUGUCUGCUGAUUUUUUUAUUUUGAGAAAUUCUUAACUUGAUUCUGACGUUUGCCGUUACUCUGCCUUUCACUGUUUACGUGAAGCUACUCUCUAUUGACAAAUUUCCUGAAGCUUGUAGGUCCACAACACUUAGACAAUGGGCGCUUUCCAUUUAGGAAAAAAACCCGGAAAUUUCGGUGGUAGCAAAAGUGGAAUUUCCGAUUGGUAAAAAGUUGUUCCAUUUGGUCGUAAACCCCGGUACGUGGCGGUGCCCGACCGUGGACCUGGAACUGUUUAAAAAACGUAAAUGGAACGCAGUUCCGUUCGGAAAUUCCAACCGGGUAGGACCACCUUUUUAUUUUUCACUUUUUCUGGGAAUUUUGACUGGGACGAACUGAAACGUGUUCCAUUUACCGCCGAACCGGAAAUUCCGGAAAUUUUGAGUAAAUGAAAGAUUAAUGUUUAACCUAAUUUGUACACACAUCCCUGGGGACAAAAUGAUUCCGAUUUUCAGAUAUCGUUUUGUUCCCAGUUCUUUGCCAAUGUAAUGUUCGCUUUUAAUGGCUCUGGCUUUGGUUUUUGACGAAAAGGUUGGUGAAAGCAUGGUGCAUUGUUACAUCCCAAAAUGAUUCCGAUUUUCAUAUCGUUUGUUCCUGCAUGCCAACGUAAACCAAGCUUUUUAGUGCCUUUUGUUUUAUGCAGUUGCUCGAAGCAUGGUUAGCUUAACCAAUGGUUAAAGCUAACCAUACUUUGAGCAACUCAGCCCAGGUUUUGAAAAUGGGUGCUCAGUGAACAAUUUUCUUGUCCAAAUACUUAAUUACUUACUUACUUAUCCUGAAAAUCAUCUCGGACCGCCCUAGCAAAAUGUUUCCACACUAUCUGAUCGAUUAUUUCUUUGGAAUUUGUCCAGUUCAAUGUACUAAUGGGUGCCCAGUAAACAAUUUUCGGCUUAACUACAGAAUACAGGGCAAAUUUUCUAGGUAUAUUCGUUGGGGUGGCUCGGUAGUCCCGACUAACGAGCUGGGAAUCAUCCCGAGCCGUCGUAACAAAAUCUUUCCACACUACAUGACCGACUACAUCUGAAUGCUGCCGCUAGAUUUACUGUUGGAGUAUCGAAAUUCGACCAUAAACCUUGUUCGACCUACACUGUCUUCCUUUGAUUUAUCGCAUCCAGUUUUAAUAAAUUCUUGCUUCUGGUUUACAAAGCUUCGCAUAAUCAAGCACACGACUAUAUCAAGGACUAUUUACACAUGAAGACUUACCCAACUCAUUGCCUGUGCUCAAAUGACCAUAACCUUCUUGCUGUUCCUAGAACUAACCAAAAGACAUUUGGUGAUCAUGCCUUCACACACUCGCGACCUUUUCUCUGGAACAACCUACAUGUACCUCGUGAAAUACGACAAGUCCAACUCUGUCUCUGACUGCUUUUAAGUCAAAGUUUAAGACUUACUUUUGAAACUAGCAUACAAUCCAUCUUAAUCUCGUAUGUUUUUAAAUUGUUUUUUUUUAACACAUAAAUUUUUAUAUUUCUAACUUUUUUAAUCUUACAUUGUAAAUAGACUGCAGAACAGUCCGUAUUUUUGCGUAUUCAAGUACACACGAACUGUCAAAUAAAAGGUCUGGAGUGAGGCUGAAAACGGAGAACGAGACUGGGGAGAGAUGCUAAAAAUACUGACUGUCCAAUUUGCAUUCAUUAUAUUCAUUCAAAUUCCCCAUUUCUCCCAGCCACAGGCAAUUCCCAUUGGCUAAAAUAAUUUUGAUGCAAGCUGUUAACAAGCUGUCAAGUUAUGUUUCCAACAAGUCAUUCACGAUAUUUGCUACAGUGAUGAAUUCGCUGUCUGUUUCUCUAAUUUGCGAAAGCAUCGCAGCGCAGUUUCUAACGGUCCUUUGUUCCGGAAGGUGAGAAAACUCUUGUGGAGAAAGAUUCUCCUUCAUGGAGGACAACAAAAAGUUUGUUUAUCAGAAGGUCAGCCAACCUUGGUAACGUUUCACCUUUUUCUAGUAGGGGCAACAUUUUCAGAACUUGUCAAUCUACUCUUAACAUUAUCAAACUGUGUUUUGAAACAACGGCGGAACAUUCUGCAAUUUAUUAUCUGAGCGCCUUGCUCGGUUUUCUCCCUCUUUGAGGAGCAGGAACAGGCCUUGUUGGCAUACUGCCACUUCCACUCAUUUUUGAUCUUCCCGAAAACACCACAUUGCCCAUGGAAACAAUGCACAAGACGCUUUGGAAUUACUGGAUACAGCGUUCACCACAAGAUUCAAAGCCAAGUGCAAACAAAUCAUGCGCUAUACUCUUGUGUAAUCAGUCACUGGGUGUAUCAAAUUUACAAAGAGGGUGGAGUUUUGAAUAGAUUUUCCACACCUCGACGACAUUUUCAAACACCCUGGUCAGAACAAACUCAUUGUAUGGAAAACGGACAGUCCAUUUUUCUUCUCUCACCUCGGCUCGUGCGCUUUGCACAUGUGUGUCUCUUGCGCUACUCUAAUGCCACACUAAACCGAUUUUGAGAAAAAACACACUGUUUUGCAGUCUUCAUUGGAAAGCACUUUAAAAUAUUUUAUAAUUUUAAGGCUAAAUAAAUCUAAAUUAUUAUUACUAUUAUUAUGAUUAUUAUUGUUGUUAUUAUUAUUAUUGGUAUUGCCCAGUCCAUUGUCAGCUUUGAUGGUAUUAAUGUAUGUAGUUCAUGGUCUACCUCGAUUUGGGUUUCCUUGUUGGGAAUCCCAAAGCAGCAUUUUUGAAGCAGUCUCUUCAUUGUAACGAGCGCAGUGGCCAGCCAAUCUUAUUAAAUCUUCUUGCACAAAUUGUUCCAUUAUUACUCCAGCCUAGCUAUAGCUCCUGGUUGUUCGUAUGUAGUUGCCAGUGCACAUUAGGGGCCAUUUGCAGUACUCUGGUGUAGCAUCCAGUGACACAUUCCUCCAACUUCUUGAUCACAGUCGACGUUUCACUUCCAUAGAGUAAGACAGACUCCACAGUUGCUCUAAACAGUCUCAUCUUUGUUCCUCGUGGCAGCUUUGAUUUCCACACUUUUGUUGAUUUUGUUGCAAGCUAUCCAAGCUGAAGCCUUUCUGGCCUUAAAGUCUUGUUCUGAGUCACUGAUCCAUGAACCCAGAUACUUGAAGUUCUCAGCAGGUUCAAUUGCUUUGCUGUCUUGUGUUUUGAGCCCAGCAUCAACAUGAUGGUAAAAGAACAUGCAUUUUGUCUUCUUUGCAUUUGGUAAAAGACCGACCUUGGCCGAAACUUCUUCAACAUUUUCAGUGCUUGCGCCUGUUGAAACUGAUCACUUAAAAGAGCCAUGUCAUCUGUACACAAGUAAAGUUUAGAUCAAUGACUUUUUCAGCUUUAACUCUGCGUCCUAGUCUGGGCCAACUCAGCAAGACUCUCCUCAUGACCCUCAAUAGCCUCUUGUAGUACAUAGUCCAGUAGUACAUACAUGUAAUAUGUUUGGUGACUACAGAACUGCAGACCGUGGUAGUAGAAAACUACAUGUAUGGGACUGCCUCCAAAAUUAAAGUGGCACCCUCAGCUCAGCCAAGAAGCACUCUAAUCUUGUAGUCUCCUGUGUUUUUUGGGGUUUCCUGUUGCUUUUUAGUCAUUACAAUCAGGAUAUAAUUUUGGCAAAAUGAUUUUUAAGGGGUAUGCCCUGGAGUGUCAUCAUAACUUAAUUUCAAACAUAACACUCUUAUUGUGACAUUCAAAUUAUGCUAGUUAUGCACAUUGCAUGGAGUGUAAACAGUUUCAAAUUAUUUUUGUAUGAAUGUAAACUGGUCAAUAAAGACCCAAAUCCCAAAGAACUUGUGAUUGUAGGACUCCCUUGUAUUCCUUUAUUCUGUAAUUAUUAGUAAUUGGCUUAUCAAUAUUAUAGUGCUCCGAAUGUCAGACUUACAAUUUAUAACCCUAAGUGGGAAGCAUUUUAUUCAUUUUGGUUUGUGUACACUGUAUGCUAGGCUUGUUCAUUACUUGUUUCAAUCUGUCAUUUGCCUCUGUACAAACGAGAAGAGUACUGGAGGCAAAAUGCAUCCAGCAUUUGUUUUGGGAUUGUUACGUGGAUGUGGUGGUCAGCUAUUUCGCCUUUUUUCCCUGUCUCUAGUAUUAGUCCCAGUCAGAGGUCUUAGCAAUAAGUUAAAUCGGCCCAGUUUCCCUCUCAUGUCUAAACUAGCGAAUAUUAUUGAUCACAACAUUUCAACACUUUGUGCUGCUGGGCUUCAUUUGUGAUAGUUACAGUUACACUAUGUCUUUACAAAAUUUUGGCUUGAUUUAUGCUCCUUUCUCGGUCCUCCCAACAGCGGCUGGUACAUGUAAUUGAGCCUAUACUAAAUCCCACUUUAAAGAAAUCUCACAUAGUUUUGAUGAUAGAUAUGGUUGCCACAGGUCAGGGAAAAAAUUCUUCAAGGUCAGAGAAUCUCACUUCAUUGUCAGGGAAAAUUUAAGGCUUUGAAAGAAAUCAGGGAAAAAUGAAAUUUUAAAAAGUACAUAUUUAUUAUUUUUUCUCUCAUGGUGCGUACAGGUCAUGGAAAUCCUGGAAAGUCAUGAAAUUUUUAAGAAUUUCAUUUUCCAGGCCAUGAAUGUCAUUGUUCAUUUUAUAGUAUUUGAAGUCUUUACAGUUUAACUUGUUUUAUACAGUUACCCUUGUCAAAUGGCCAGAUUACCCUGUAAUACUGCCCAUUGACUGUUUAAUACUGGUUGGACAGACCUUAGAGUUAAUCGUAUCCUGUUCACAGACCCUCUAUGUUCUCUUUAGAUAUUGUUGAACAUGGGUAUGAAAAUAAAAACCAUGGGGACUUAUUGAAAAUUAGCACACUUCUAUUGCUCCUCACUCGCUGUGCCUGUGAUUUUCAAAAAGAAAAAGAGAACAAUGUCAGGGGAUUAACUGGGCACAAGUGCAAGUAGAAGACCACUUAACACCAAGUACAUGUACAGUGUAUCAGUGGCCAUUAAUGAUAGUACAUCUCAACAACAUAAUAGUUUAGUAGAGUUAAACACGAUAACAGAAAUACAUACUAGGGAUUUCUUGGAAAAGGAGAUGGUGACUACCUAAUACAAGUCAUUAAAGGAAAUGAUUUCGUGGACCUUUCUUAAUUCACCCCACAAUAAAGGGUGAUCUCUAAAUAAUACAGUGGUGUAGGAGAUGCUUGUACGGUCUCUCCUGAUUGGUUGCAGAAAACCCUGUUAAUGCGGUCACCAGUGGGCUAAAAAAGUUUGGCCGUAUGAAAUGUGUGGCUGUCUUAACGAGGGUUUUUUUUACAAGAAAUUGUAUGGCAGGUUUUGUCAGGCGGCCAAAAAAAGUGGCCGUAAUAACGAGGUGACCGUAUUACCGAGGUGGCUGUAAGGAUGGGUUUCAGUGUACAUCAAAUCGACCUUUGCAUGUACGUGAGAUUAAACCCAACAUAAUUCUGCUUUCUUUGGAAACUAUGCAAUUGAUGUUGGAAUUCCAGGAGAGGUUAUGACUCACAAGUAAGCCAAGGUCCUUAAUCUCUGAAACAAUAUCCAAGGAUGAGUCAUAUAUUUGCGUCCAACGGCUGUCUUUUCUUGGAUAUCCUCAUACGCUUACACUUCCCAAAAGUCUAUAUCUAUAUUAUGAAAAAAGGAAGACUAGCGUUAAAACUUCAAACAUCUUUCUGUUUUGCCUGAACUUUAUAUUUGCAAAAUGUCACAUUGUUAAAGAAAGCAAAAGCAUUAUUUAUCACAAUUGUUUUCAUUGACUCAUUGAAAUUCCACUUUGAAUUAAUCGCCACCCUCAAAUACAUACUGCAGCAAUAGAAAUGCUAAAAAUUUAAUGAACUUGUGAAGUGUUUCAUCAAAUAAAUAUUGUAACUAUUAUUGGUGUCAGUAGUGGUAGCCUUUGUAGCAGGCGACAUAAGGGGUAGGGGAUUGGGAGAAAAGGAGUGGGGUUGGAGAGUUAGCUAGGAAAUUGGUGGGCAAAAUGCAAAAAACACCAGCUCUUAUAGCAGGCACUCCCUUCCCUUUUCCCUUUCAUGCUUUUCUCCCCAUUCCCCUCCCCUUUUUGCACCGGCCAUGCAUGAUCUAACAGUGGUGGAGUCAGAAGGGAGUCGGGGGGUGGGGCUCCUCUCCUAUUGACCUUAUUGGAGGGGGACUGGGGAAUGGAAGAGGUAGGUGGCUAGUAUGAAUGUUGUUAAAUUGCUUGAAAGUGAUUAUCAAGUCACAACUCUCUAUUGAAUGGCGUGAUCCCUUAUACUCACAACUCUGUGUAGAAAUUCAAAAAAUUUUCCCGGGUUUCUUUGAUAAUAUAAGAAACCAAUGAAUGAGAAGUUCAAAUCUUCUCAGUAAAAUAACGGGCACUGAGUGCCUUUAAACGUUCUUUGUCAUGGUGUAAUAAAAUUAAACAAGUCUGGCUUAAACACGUACGUUUUCUUUUUUUUAUCAAAAAGGUAACACAAAGAAAAAGGUUUCAUAGAAGUUUACAGCUGGAAGCAACAUGGAAAACAUAAUAGAUGAAGAAGGAGAUACAAGGGAGUUAAUCAAAGAUGUAACAGUAAGCUCAAGGAGACAUAAGAGAGUACACACUGGGAAAAAGCCUUAUAGAUGUGAACAGUGUGGCAAGUGUUUUAGUGUACCAGGGAGCCUAAGGAGACAUGAAAGUGUUCACACUGGGGAAAAACCUUAUAAAUGUAAACAGUGUGGCAAGUGUUUUAGCCAAGCAGGAAACCUAAGGACACAUCAAAGAGUUCACACUCAGGAAAAGCCUUAUAAAUGUAAGCAUUGUGGCAAGUUCUUCAGCGAAGCAGGAAAUCUAAGAAAACAUGAAGGUGUCCACACUGGUGAAAAGCGUUUUGAAUGUAAACAGUGUGGUAAGCGUUUUAGCCGAGCAGAACACCUAAGGUCACAUGAAAGAAUUCAUUCAGGUGCAAAGCCCUAUGAGUGUAAACAAUGUGGCAAGUGCUUUAGUGACUCAGGAAGUCUGUGGAAACAUGAAAGAGUUCACAGUGGAGAAAAACCGUUUGAAUGUAAACAGUGUGGCAAGUGUUUUCGCAGAUCGCAACACCUCAAGGCACAUCAUCAAAGCAUCCACACCCAGCAAAAGACUUAUCAGUGUACACAGUGUGGGAAAUGGUUUAAAACAGCUGCAAGCCUCAAGGCACAUAAAAGAGUUGAAGCCGGAGAAGGGCCAUAUAAAUGUAAGCUGUGUGGCCGGUGUUGUUCUGGAGCAGGAAACCUUAGAACUCAUGAAAGAAUCCACACUGGAGAAAAACCUUAUGAAUGUAAACAGUGUGGUAAGCGGUUUAACACUAAAGAAAAUUUAAAAUGCCACGAGAAAGUCCACUCUGGGGAGAAACCACAUGAAUGUAAUCAUUGUGGAAAGUGUUUUAGACAUAGAGGAAACCUAACUAAACAUGGAAAAGUCCACACUGAAGAAAGGCCUUAUGAAUGUAAACAUUGUGGUAAAUGUUUUAAAACAAAAUCAAAACUAAAAAUUCAUGAAAGAACCCACACAGGGGAAAAGCCAUACCAGUGUAAACAUUGUGGAAAGUGUUUUACCCGAUCAGGAGACCUACUGACUCAUAAAAGAGUUCACACUGGGGAGAAGCCAUAUGAAUGUAAACAGUGUGGCAAGUGUUUUAGUACAGUGGGAAGCCUAAGGAUUCAUGGAAGAGUUCACACUGGAGAAAAGCCUUAUGAAUGUAAACAAUGUGGGAAAUGUUUUAGUAUAUCAAGAAAUCUUAGAGAACAUGAAAGAGUUCACACUAAGGGAAAGAAAUAUUUGGGAUCUGGAUUGGCCACCAUCGAGAAACACAGCUGUUGGAUUUGCCAAGAGGAGAUGAACAGUGAAACUCUUCUUCUUCAACAUUAUGAAAGCCAUAUGAAAGACUUACGUAAAGGAUAUAGUUCUUAAAAUAAUUAUAUCUGUGUUUGAUUUACUAAAGUUGAUGAAUUAUAAUGAUCAGAAACGAAUUUUAUCCAAAGUCACGUUAGUUCUACUCUAGUGUACGUCUCCGACAUUCUCUAGACUCGAGGUGGAAGGCAUAUAAACAUUGUGAUAUAAGCGUGCAAAGAAAGUCGCGUGUGAUAGCCAGGGGCUAGUGGAUUUUGCUAUCGGGCUAACGAAUUCUGUUUUCAACUUGCCCAACAGAUAAAUGAUUUUUUUUUUUUAGGAAUUCAAAUUACAGAAUAACAUAAUCAAUCCUGCUCGUCAAAGCUUUUUCUCAUGCUAGUUGACUUUUUAGGCUGGCACAUGUUAGCUACAGCGUGCCUGAAUGAUAAGCUGUAAACCGACUUUCUUUGCACCCUAUGAUACGACUUACAGUUACUUUUACAGUAGUUGAUUUUUGUCCAUUUUCGGGCAUUAGUGUGUUCGUUAUUGUUACGACCAUGUCCAAAUUUGAACAGGUUAUCUCUGUGUCUGCGUUUUUUGUUAAGCUGCACUCUUACGAGCACUGAAACACGUCUACACUAAGAAAGUGUAUAGGAAACAUUUAUUUUGUGAAACAUGUUUGUUUCUGAUAAUAUUGAUGCAGUUUUCUGGCACUUGCGUCCUAAUUAUCUGCCAGUACGUGUGAAAUGGUUUUCUUUGAAGUGUAUUAGUGUAGGGAGUACCCUCCCCGGGAUUUUAUUGCCUUACAAUAUACAGGGGCGGAUCUAGGGGGAGGGUGCAGGGGGUGCCCCCCCCCGAGAUAACCUGCGGUUUUCUAAUACAACUGGUAUUCUGCAAAAAAAAACUAUGUGGUUUAUUGGUGUUGAAGUAGAGCAAGAGACGAGUGCAACCCCUCCUAAAAAUAUCCUGGGUCCGCCCCUGAUAUAUCAAUAAUUUUGAGACUCAAUGGUCUCCUGAAACGACGCUUAAUCUCGAGAAUCUCAUUUUUUCAAAAAAAUGUAUCGCGCGGUUUAAGAAUUAUUCGCUAAUUUGUUAAAGUAGACCGAAAUGUUUACAACACCGCCAACAACAGUGCCUCGAUACAUACUAAUCAAAUCCUCCUUCCUAGCACUCGGCUGGAGCUAUCUCCAUGAUCUUUCACACACGUUUUUAAAAAGAUUGAAACUGCCAUGAGGUGAAAUUGCAUGUCAAAAGCAGUUCGUUUUCAGAUAACAACCGAAAAUCAAGAUUGUCCAUUUCUUUACCAUAUUUCUAACCAUAGUGUUAGGGUAUGGCAUAGGGUUAGGGUUACACUAACCCUAACACUAAAACAGCAUUCUUUUAAGCAAAAAGAUAGACCCCGCGUUUUACUGACACCCAAAUGCAACUCACAGUAACGGCCUAAUCAUAUGAGCUGUGCUGGCUAGCUUUGCCAAGGAGUCUUUUAUCCCGGAACCGCCAUUUUUAUUUUGAGAUUGGACGCAAUGAGCAUCAGUAGUGUGUUACCUGCUGUCAUUUUUCUGGCUUGGUUUAUUCUCCGGGCCGCCCGGCAAGCGUGAUUACUUGACCGACCGGUUUCCAUCCCGACUAAUAGCCGAAAUCAAGAGAGAUCGCAUUUUUUCGAUAAUUUUUCCGCUUCUUAUCCACUGGUGGUACUCGCGAAAAAAAUGAGACCUUUAUCUCGCGUGCUUUUGCCUCCACGACCGACUAUCAAGCAAAAUACCAUCUACACAUGAGGCACGCCACGUCGUUCGUUUACACUUUUGGUUCACCAACAUGGCGGCGUAGCGACGGUUGCUAAGAUUUUUGCCACGUGAGUAACAACGAUGAUCGUGUUUUAGAAACACUCAUAGGCUUGGCGCAUUCUGCCGGCAGAAUUUCGAACAGAAUACGCGAUUUUUGAGCUGAGCAUUCUGCCGGCAGAAUCAACAACAUCUUCAAGUGCAAACCGCCUCCGUGAAAGUUGUUGCCCCCGCAGGGAUUUCCCCCAGAAGGCGAAAUCUCGAGGAGGCACUCUAGUAACUCGCGCGUAUAUUAAGGAAAGUACUUACAGUUGAAAUAUACAGUCAUACAGUCAAUAUAGAAAAAAUCUCGAUUUGCUUGAACAGGGGCCGCGACGAAUCGGUAGGUAAUGAUGACGUUUCUAUUGUUUGCGCUCGCAAGAACGACAGAAAAUCCCAAAGGGACCGCUCAGGUAGAUUUUGUGACAUUUAUUGUGCAGUCAUACUUCGAUACUCUUUUGCGUUACGCAGUGACAUUCUGUGGAGCAGUUGUUUUGAAAGUUAUGGACCAAAAGACACUCGAUAAGCGUAGAUGAGGUUAUAAGUUACGUUUAACUGUGUACAUAUAAACACUUGGAGAGUUUGCCAGACACGAGUUCAGAAAUGUUUGAUUUAUAUUGGAAACCUUGCCAGACUUUCUUUCUCUCUCUGACCGGAAUGAGACUCAGCCCCAUUCAAGCAAGACGAGUGAACAACGGCUAGCUUAUCACUAGCAAAACGAUGAACGAUUACAGAAAUUCGCCGACAAUCAAAUUCUGUGCUGAUUUAUUCCCUGCUCACAGAUGUCCUUCCGUUAAUUAAGUUUCAAAUAAGACUAGAAUGCGCGAGCGUGAAUCGAUCAAACGUCCUUUUAAUUUCUAAGUCUUACUUUCCGGCAAAUAAAAUGAACUGAAUGCAAAAAGUGAAAGAGAAAUGGCGAAAAAUUCAACUUCUAAUUAAAUCUUUUCUUAUGGUUUAGAAUAAACUAUUCUCGAAACUGAGAAUGUUUUGAUCAAAGCUGUGUUAAUCGAGCUGAAACUGUGAAUGGAACCUUGCGUUUCCUGUAUUUAUCUCACCCAUUGUAUGAAAACGUUCGUUAUGAAUCGGUAUAUUUCAAAGAGCUACACAACGAGCAAGAAAGCUAUUGACCGACAAUAUACAGAACGGGGGCAGCUGUAGUGUCAACUAUGACUAGUUUUUAAAAUACUUAUAUUAAGUCGUAUUCUCCCAUACACGAAUCACGAAAGCUGCAAAUUCCAAAGCUUUCAAGCGCAAACUGCCGGCAGAAUUUCGAGCAGAAUAAGCGAUUUUUGAGGCGAGCAUUCUGCUGUCAGAAUAAGGUAUUUUCGAGCAGAAUAAUUCAGGCUAACGAAAAAUUACCUGCACUAAUGAAAUGCAUAACAGUUGUAAGAAAAAUUUAAAAAUAAAUAAAGAACAAAUGGAAAAUACCUGGUGAUUAAUUUGAUUAAUACAAUUUUGCUACGCAUAAUGAAUAUCCCUAAUCAUAGUUUUAAGGGUUAGGCCCUAGCCUGCGUGCAGACGAUAACUAAACUCCAGAGAUCCUUGUUCUGGACCCCCAACGGAUAUUGGCGAUCACGACAAACAAAACGCCUUUUUAACUGGCCAAUCGUGGCGCGUAUCAAAUACAGCUGGAAGUCCAGAACAAGGAUUUCGGUGCUGUUUCAGAGCAGUUUAAUUUCGUCUGUAAGGGUGCUCCCUUCGAUAUUCAACUUCAGAUAUACCGAGCAGUAUUCGAGCAGAUUAAGGGUGCUCGAGCAGAAUUUUGAGCAGAAUAAGCGAUUUUUACGAGCACUGCCGACAGGCAGAAUAAUGUUAAACAAUAAAAAUAAAAGCGAAGGAAAAUGUUCGCAGUGCGCAUGUUUUUUACUUGAAAUAUUAAAUGAAUUUUAUUUGGUGUUUGGGAUUUAUUGCAAACUUCAUUCGUUUCGGAAAAUAUCUAGAGGUUAAGGGAAAUAUUAUAAAAAACAAUUUGACUUAUUUUACUUGGUGCUCAACUCCUAUGCAUCAGCACUGAUCAAACGACAUCCUCUCCCGAAAUGAUAAAAUGAUUUCUGUUCAUUCAUUCUCCUUGGUCUUGUUGAAGGAAAAUGUUGAUUGAAGAGUUACGUUAGCCACUUGUGGCAUUUGCUACGAUGUAUGUUUGUAGUGGAGUUGUUGUAAACGUUCUUGUUGAUUGGUUUGAGUAAGCUACUUCGCUACUAGUAGGUUUGGUUCCUAAGUUAAUUGAUGAUCGAUAGAAAGUUUCUCCUGACAUGAAUUCGUUGCAAAGGAGAUGUUAGCCUGCGUGGCCGGCGUUGAAAGGCGAAGGGGAAGGGGGAAUUUGGGCGCGAGAGAGAGCGUGUGGGCGCGCGAGGGAGAAGGGAAAGGAACGCCUGCAAGGACGCUAUUGUUUUCUCCAUUUGUUACGCUCAGAUUCUGAGCGUAAAAAUAGUGAUUGGUCAGAAUUAAUUAAAUGUCAAUCUUCCACUUAAUGCCUUGUUCCGAUUGUUUGAAAUAAACAUCACCCCUUUUGAGUAAUACAUGUCAUUAGUGAAGCGUGAUGAGAUUUCUGUACGAGAAUUCAUCGUUAGAAGGUAUCAAUUUCAGCUUAAAAGGAGAAUAGAAAAACGCAGUUGAAGAACCGUAUGAUAAUGAAGGAAAAGGCCUUGUCGGUUUUACUCGCCAGAAGAAAGAAAGGAAAAAUAAUGCUGCCUGUGUGCUUGUUAUCUGCUGUUUCAAGGACCCACGUUAUCAACGGCAAGAUAAUUGAAGACGAAGCGAGCCAUAACUUUUGGCGAUUUUUGGCUGAGGACUUCUUCUUGCCGGUUAUAAAACCGCUAGGAACUUACUUUAAUAAUAAAUUGUUGCCUUCUUGCAGAUCUUCUUUCGCCGCCACCAGCGUUCUUUUGUGUGCUCCGCUGGAUCCAAUUCGUCUUGAUAGAAAUUCAAAGAGUGCGUGACGGCGAAGUGUUUUUAUUUUUCUUAGACAAACAUUACAUUGAAAGUUGCGAAGAGCCGCUACAUUUCUUAUUAAAUAGUUUUCCAGCCCGAUUCUUUCAGCAACACUUGAAUAGAUUUAUGCUGGAUAAUAUGUAACUCGGCACGCGUCGUUGCAACUUUCAAGGAAGAUUCCUUCGAUGAACGACCGCAUUUGAAGUUUUUUUAUAGUACCUUUACUUAAGAUUUCUUGUUUUAGGAAAAUAAAAGAAGGUUAGUUGACUUAAGCUUAAUAGUGAAAACUUCGGUUGAAGAGUCAUUUCGACAAAGCAAUUAUCUCGAAGGUUUCAUGCUAAUGAGACUGUUUUAACCAAUCGGAUUAGACUUACGUCAGCAUUCGGUUUACACUAAGCAGCUGGUUUCCUGGCUGAUAUAAAAAUGGGGUGUAACACUGAUUUAGGAGAGAAUCGUUAAAUAGGAGUUGAGCUAAUCGUUUGUUUGUUGUGAGAACAAGCUAGUCCCCAGAAAGGUUCUUCAACAACAAGCCAUUUCACAAGCAGAAUUUAUCCUACCCGACUCGUGGCUGCGUGAUUUGUUACAUCAAAGGAAAUGGCGUCGUAUUUUAAAACGGGAGAGCAUUACUAUAAGAGUUUAGAUGUUUUCAAGGAAAAAAGCGGUGAAUUUGUGAAAAACAUUGAGAUCGUUCGUUAUCACAUGCCGUCUGUGAUUCAAAAGUUGCCACAAAAUCAAACCUGUUUCAACAUCUUGAGCGUUGGAAGUGGGACCGGAGAAGUGGACAUGGAAAUCUUGAAGAUUAUUAAAGAAGAGCUACAACGAACGCGUGGUCGCCACCAGAUAAAGAUCUAUAACAGAGCGAUCGAGCCAAAUGAAUGCGCUUGCGAUCUUUACAGAUCUUCUGUCAAAAGGGCCAACGACCUGCAGAUAGAUUUCGAUGUUCGCUGUCAAACCUUUCAACAGUAUAAAGAGCAAGGACCUGAGAAUGGAGAAGAACGCACAAAGUUUGAUGUCAUCCACCUGAUGCACAGUAUCUACUUCUUGGACAUCGAAGAAUCGUUAAUUCAUUGCAUUGAGAACCAACUCAAUGUCAGUGGCAGUUUAUUUAUUAUGGUGGAGGGACCAGACCUUAGCUUUUGGGUUCAAUACAAGGAACGCUUUCCUGACCGGUAUGGAAAACCUGGCGAUAGCUUCAAAACUGUGGAGGUGGAGAAAAUAUUUAAGAUUAUUGGGGAAGCUGGAUGGAGAUAUGAUGUCCACAACCUAGAAUAUCAGAUCGAUGUUACUGACGUCUUUGAUGCAGAAUCAGCUGAAGGAAAUCUGCUUCUUGACUUCCUGACACACAUUAAGAAUUUUCGUGACACCGCAGAUGAACAAGUGGUGGAAGAAAAACUGGCGCUGAUUAAGGAUCUCUCAACCGUUAAAGAUGAAAGACGUUUUGGAAACAAGAUGGAAUCUCUUUUCCUUAUCUAUAAAUAAUGUUCUGAUAGACUGGUAUAUUUCCAUUUUUAAGCAGGGAACUUCCCCGGGAUGCAAGAAAGACCGAGCCUCAGCUACAAAAUUAGAUGUUCUCUCGCAUUUUAUAUAAAAGCAUUUCUGGUGAUGUUUUUAACAGCUUAUUUUAGUUCAAUGGACAUAGGGAUAGCAUUUUCAAUUCUUCUUUAUACGAUAGUGAUUUUCUUUGUUUGUUGUCGUUGUUGUUGACUCAUAUGACUAAGGUGCUCUCUUGAUUUUUUAUGUUUUGAUCAAGGGCGGAAUAGGGCAGGGCCCAGGGAGCCUCGCCCCCGUCCCCCUUUUGUGGUUUAUUAAAUGUUUCAGCAUUACAUGUUCAAUAUGGAAUCCAGGUAUUUGCUAAAUUUAAGCGUCCAGUGAUGCAUUAGCUUGCAUCUCAGAGAACUUCAAUCACAAAAAUUUUCCUGGAGAAGCAUGCUCCCAAAUCUCCCUAGAAAAGCGCGCCGUUGGCAGUCCUGAUGGGCGCUAUCGCGCCCAUAUUGCCAAUGUAUAUUAUAUCUCUAGGCUAGCCUGUGAACAGGCUCUCUGUUUGGGAGAAAAAAUCAUAGGCUAUCUUUAGGCCCCCUCUACGAUCCUCUAUCACAAAAUCCUCCGUCCACUCCUGGCUUUGUUCUUUGCUGUUUUGUUAUUACGGUUAAUUGGUCUUUGUUAAAACAUCAAGAUUUGGAUACCGUAAUUAUUAUAACUGAGGUUUGUGCGUUCUAAGAACGUCUGCAUGGGAGGCUAACGUUUAAACGUACCGCCUAAGUUUUUUACCAUUGUCCGAGCGGGUCUGAGUACCAAUUCCUCUGUAGGUACUUCAUGUACAGGAACGAGGACAUGGAUAUUAUUAACCGCGUCGAAUUCAGGAACGUACGACUGGUCAAGGGUUUGACAUUUGUUCUUUUUUAUUCUUCAACAGUGUUGAAACUUGUAACUAAAGGUAAGAAAAGCUUUUCAGUACAUGACAUAUUCAUCUUAGAAGUGACGGGAUUGACCGACACAGCAGAAAAGACACGGUGUAUGAUAUUUGCAGACUGCAGACUGCAGACCACAGAUUGCAGAUUGAAAAUUAAAUGACACCAAAAAUCUUCCUAAUAAAGGUGACGUCUUCAAAAAUAUAAAAUCGUGUGAAAUUGAGAAAGUAGCCUUGGGAACAAGGUUGAUAUUUUUGUGCAAAGUUACAUUGGCCUCAUUCCCAAAAUGCUUUUCGCUAUUGUUCACCGACCCUUUAUCAACUCACCCGGCAUAUCACUAAUUGCGUUGAUUCUUUAUUCUUCUUUAAUUAUCGUGAAUUGAUAAGGACAAGUAGCAAUGCCCACUAAUGCCUGUCUAAAUAAAAAAAGGUUUUUAGAUUGCGAGCCGCUUCAUAGGAUAGAUCAAGGACAUUUAACACCUUUUAAAUAACGUAUGUCAUCUUAGCAGUAUUUAGGGAUAUGCCAAAUAAUGGAAAACUAACAGAUCCUAUCUGGACUCGACGAAUUACCAGAAGUGCAUUUUGAAUUUCUAAAUAGGCAAAUCAUUGCUCAUACUCAAGUCCUAGUAUGCAGGUGGAGCCCCUGUAGAAUAGGGAUUCCGGCGCUGUUUCACAGACAGACUUAUAGUUUAGUUUCGUCUGUAGUGCAGGCUAAAUUGCUAGACUGUUGCUAUGGAUUCAUGAGCAAGUUUGUGACAUCAGCAGACAUUAUUCUGCUCUAAUUCAAAAUGAAAAGAACAGCCAACAGCUCCUUUAGGAAUGACGUCGGUGUAAUUUGCGUGAAAAAUAUAAACUUCGCUUCUAGGCCUUACUUCUCGGAACAAGGUAAUGUUGAUGAUGACGCCACCUUUAUUACGAUAUUUUUGGUUUCAUUCAAUUUACAGUCUUGCUGCCUCAUGCAGUCUGCAGUCUGCGGUCUGCAGUCUGCAAAUGUCAUUCACCGUUGCAUUUAGACGAAGAUUUAUAGACUCGAGAGUACACUGUACUUUGAAGAGAUCUUAUUUAUUGGUCUUGAAAUUCGAGUUUUUGUUUGCAUGGUAGCCAAGUCAAUAUAUUCACUAUUUGUGUCAUCUCAUGUGUGAAGUUUAUUGUGUUAUUGUGUAAGGGCUACUGGGGAUCAUUGUCGUGUUCUUUGUGACGUCGCUCGAGACUUUCUAUUCACUUGAUACUAUCGUGCACUAGCCAUUGGAAGUGGUCCAAAAAGGUCUGAGAGUCUCAUAACUCAAUCGGGGAAUUGAUUCAAGCUCGCAGGAUAUCAAUGUUUACACCAAAAUAAAUGAUAAAAAUCACAUUUGGUAACAGGGAAGCCUACUAGGACUUGGGGGUACUUGUAAGAAAACACUGUAAAAAUAUGUAUAUCAAUACCAAGGUCUUAAAGUAACUAAUGCAUCAGUCAAUUCCGAAAAAAGUGCUUAUGCCUGGGAGUCACCACAUGGGGGGCAGGGGAGGGGAGGCUAGGCACAGCUGGAAUUGACUGAUGCAUAAUCUUGAAGAAUAAAAAACUCAAUUUCAACAAUAUUAAUUUGUGAAAACAAUAUGAUUAGCAUGUCACAAGCGUGGGACAAAGAAAAAUCCAAUUUGGUUUCAGGGGCAUAAAAUGUCAGUCAGGCAUGCAGUCAAAAAUUCACAGCUGCUUUGAUUCUAUUGCUACAAAAGCUGUUAUUUUUAUUCUCCUUCUUAACCCCUUAACUGCCUGUAUGUCACCCUAUUUGCAAUUUGUCUGCAUGCAUGACAUACUCAGUACGUCAAAUAUUGGAGAGUAACAGUCAAAUCCCUGGCACUGGAGAUGUAAUGUAACCUGGCCUCUCAUGCCCCAAAGAAGUCAGUAGACUGGUGACUACUAGUGCGUAGUCCCACAUUUAGGAAAACCAGUUUAUAGAUCAGACAUAAACACUUUCGUGCGCCGUCUGCCAUAGUGCUUUCAAGAAGCACAUUGUUGGAAGAGCAAAGUAAAAUUCCUGUUCUAUUUUGAAUGUAGAGAGAUAGGAAACUGCUCAAUAUGUGUUAGAUGAAGUAUGGAUUGAUUCCAGAGAAGAAAAUUUUUCUGAUAGUGACAGUGAUUUUAGUGAUUUGAGGAGCAAAUGAGGAUGACGAAAGUAUCGACUCUCAUGAUUUGGAGGUGUUUGCACUGGACUUCUUCAUGGGGAAAAGGUUUAUUAUAUGAAAGGAAAUAAUAUGCACACUUCACCAAAUCUCAGAAACCAUUGUGUCUAACAAUCAUAAGUAAUCUUUUGUUCAGGAAAAAGCAACUUGAGGUCACCCUUUGCUUGUAAAUCUAUAAAGGAAAGAAAUCACAAGGUACAGUUGUUGCUUAGAAACCUCCUCCAACAUGCCGAACGUAAAGCUCCAGUACUAAGAAACACCAUUGAAGGACAAAUUUGCACACUUAAAAAUAUUAUAAUAAGCCUUAUUCACUGUAGAUAAACAAGCAAGAAAUCAAAUGGUAAAAUUAUGCUCCUAAAAAAACAAAAAUUGGUUUCAAGAAACAAAAACGAAUCGACAUAUCGUUGAGUCAUCUCAUAACUAGUUAAUUGUGAAAUGUAGAAUGGAUUCUGCUUUUUCACACUAUUAGUCUCAUUUCUGUAACCUUUUUAAGUUCAAUGUCUUUCAAUCUUACUGGUAACAUUUCCCAUUCAAAUGCCAGCUGUGACUUGAAGUCACAUGAAACUCCAAAAAUAAUACCAUACGGCAAAAAAGGAAACAAGAUUCUCAAGUAAUAGCAGAGUAAUAGCAAAUGUUUGUUAACUCAGCAGAUUAUUGAUUUGAUUUGAGUUAUUGUUUUGUCACUUAACAGGUUGUAGAUAACAAUAAUAAACAAAAAAGAUGGUAACUGGGAGCCUGAACUGAAAGCCUAAGGUUUAUAUAGGAUCCAGUCUCCCCACAGGCAGCCCAGAUGUAGUGUGUGUCAAUAACGUGGACAAAAUGGGAGGGGUUGUUGAAUCUCCCAUGAACUAAAAUAGUCCAGAAGUCAUAGCCUGUGUACAGACGUCCCCCCUCCCUCAGGAAAAACCGGGAGAGGAGACGUCUGUGAAUCGCCGUUGUUAAUCGUGUUCCAGUAUACAUUUGCACAAAUUUUUUAUUUUGUUUUUUCGCCGACAGUUGAAAAGGUACAUGUAGGUCAAAAAAUAGCUCUGGCAUCUGUGCACAGGCUAGCUGAACAUCUUUACGCAAUGUCCACCCAAAAAUCCAUAUAUAAGAUCUCUGAUUACAGUCAAGCCAGGUCAAGAUCCCAUUAAUGUAUUUAUUAUUCGAAAGUUGAACCGUUGGUAGUUGUGGAUUUCAGAUUCAUCUCUGUGUGCAUUCUUGCAUGCGUAAUGAGCCGUGAAUUCACACGAGAUUCAGUUACAAAAUUUCUACCAGCUCAGUUUCCCUGAAUUUGAUGUAGAUGUCUUCUAAGACAUUUAAUCCAUUCAAAGAUUUUCAAUCUGACCAAAUGCAGAGAAGUUCUCUAAAAAUAUUCAUUGCUCAUUACGCAUACAGGAAUGCCGAUUUCAAUUUGACCCCAGUUACGGGAACGACUAACGGAUUCAUUUAUUCAAAUAAUCAAUUCAUUAAUAGAAUCUUUUUGGGGUAAGCUUGACCUGCCUUGGCUGUUAACGUUGGAUUUUGUAUGCCGUCUCUUUUAUUUACAAUACCGAGGAGCAAACAUCGGUGGUAACUUCUCUUGCCUUUUCAAGAGAGCCGAAAUACAAUUACCGGUAAACAAAUGUGAAUGUGCUGAGCUUUUCCCUGGGGAAUCUAUUCUGAGGUUCAUUCACCAAUCACAACACCGGAAAUUAUUUGCGUCAUGGCAUUAACAAUACAACCAAUCAGAGGCUGUCCCCAACAUUCCAGGGAAACGGGAACACGAUUUUCGUUGGCGAUUCACAGACAUUUCCUCUCCUGAUUUUUCCUGAGGAAGGGGGGACGUCUGUACACAGGCUAAGAAGUCAAAGUGAUAACAAAACAAAGCGAACAUACCUUUAACUGAACAUCUCCUUGUCUUUCCAGGCCUAUAGUGGAUAGUACCUACCAGUGCAAAACUCGACAAAAUGCCACUUUAACCGGCCAGGAAAGACAAGGAGAUGUUCAGAUAAAGUUAUGUUAGCUUUGUUUGUUAUAUUUUGACUUCUGGACUAUUUUAGUUCAUGGGAGAUUUGACGCCUCAUCCCAUUUUGUCCAUGUUAUUGACACACACUAAGUCUGGGUUGCCUGUGACAUAACAUUGCUGAGGAAAGAUGCAAACCAUUUGAUGUUGAAAGUGACCUCCAUGAAGUUUAACUCUGUUUAGAUUUUGCAAAAUGUUUUCACUAAACUAGAGAAUAUUUUCUGUAGGAACAGUAAACUAAAAUUGAACUUCUAAAAGAUUUGCUGUACAUGAUGUAUCAGAAAGGAAAACACCCAUAUACCAGACUUAAUAUCUAAAUAACCAUGAACACCUCUUCUUCUAGGCAAACAGUAUUUAUCCUUCUGAAAUUGUGGCUGGUGCACCAUAAUUAUACCAAGUGAAUAGCAAUUCUAAAGGUGCAUCACAAAGAAUGCAACAAUGAUGGCUAUAUUAUCGCAUUAGUUAAACUAAGUAAGCUCUCUUGGGACUGUGGGGGUGGGGGCCAGAGACCACCAGAUUGAGGUUGCGUACAGGCUACAGCUCAGUGCAGACUAAAACAUGAAAGGUGUACAAUUUAGAGGGGCACUUUCAUGGAAAUUCUUGUCAUGUCAAGGAUGUGUUCUAAGAAGAAUUUUUAAGGGAGCCCUGGGCUCUGUAUCUAUAAAAUCCAUGGCAUAGAAUUUCUGUGAAAAAACUAAGACUUUCAUAGUCACGCAAGAACAAAAGUAAGGUGCCAAGAAGCACCUACAAUCGGCAGCAAAAUGAGUUGAGACACUUCGCUCAAAACUGGGCUUUUCUACCUUUUACUAACUUCAAAAGGAGGAAAUAUAGCUUUUACUCCCCCAUCCCCUCCAUGCAAUGUUGUACCGAUGUUCGAGCUACCUAUAGAAAACAACAAACAUGCCAACUUUGAAUGGAGGGGACAGGGGAGGGGCGCGGAUUCUUUUGUUCCCUAAGUUACCCUAUUUGAGUACAAUGUCUCAGCAAUUUUGUCGCUGAAUGUAGACAAAAAUGAAUGUUGGCAAAACCUCAUAGCAGUGCCUCUUCAAUCUGAUUUAAGAAAGACAAAUAAUAAUGCCUUUAUUUUCUCUUGAAAGGGUAUUUAGCGAUGUCUUUAAAGUGUAAACAGUGUGGAAAGUGUUUUAGUCAAGCAACACGCCUUAAAAGACAUGAAAAAGUUCAUUCUGGGGAAAAGCCUUAUGAAUGUAAACAGUGUGGCAAGUGUUUUAGGGAAGCAGCAAACCUAAAGGCACAUGAAAGAAUCCACACUGGGGAAAAACCUUAUGAAUGUAAACAGUGUGGCAAGUGUUUUACGGCAGCAGGAAGCUUAAAAAGUCAUCAAACUGUUCACACAGGAGAAAAGCCUUAUGAAUGUAAACACUGUGGCAAGUGGUUUAGCCGAGCAGACUGCCUAAAAAUGCAUGAAAGAAUUCACACUGGGGAAAAACCUCAUGAAUGUAAACAGUGUGGCAAGAGGUUUAGCCGAACAGAACACCUAAGGAGCCAUGAAAGAGUUCACACUGGGGAAAAGCCUUAUGAAUGUAAACAUUGUGGGAAGUGUUUUAACCAAACAGCAAGCUUAAGGAUUCAUGAAAGAAUUCACUCUGGGGAAAGGCCUUAUGAAUGUAAACAGUGUGGCAAGUGUUUUAGUGAAACAGGAGGGCUAAGGCUUCAUGAAAGAAUUCACACCGGGGAAAAGCCAUAUGAAUGUAAACAGUGUAGCAAGUGUUUUAGCCGAGCAUUAUACCUAAGGUUGCACGAGAGAAUUCACAAUGGAGAAAGGCCUUAUGAAUGUAAACAUUGUGGGAAGCAUUUUAGCCAAGCAGGAAACCUAAGGAGUCAUGAAAGGAUUCACACUGGUGAAAAGCCUUAUGAAUGUAAACAGUGUGGCAAGUGUUUUUGGAAACCAGGAAGGCUAAGGAUUCAUGAAAGAGUCCACACAGGGGAAAAGCCUUUUGAAUGCAACCAGUGUGGCAAGUGUUAUUGUCAAUCAAGGUCUCUUAGGAGGCACAAAGAAGGCCACAGCAGAAAAAGUUUGCUUAAAAGUGACAGCAGCAAGGGUCAGUUGAAACAUUUGCAUUGUAAGGUUAAGAGAGCAGGAAGUAGUAUAAGGUCAGGAUUGACUAACAACACACUGUCACAGAGAGAGACUGCCAACAGUGGUAUGGAAGACCAGCAACCAGAUGUCAUCAAGGAACACAACUGUUGGAUUUGUCAAGAGGAAUUGAGUAGCGAAUAUCUUCUUCUUCAACAUUAUGAAAAUCAUAUGAGACAUGUAGGUGAAGAUGGCUCUUAA